ACUAGAAAGUAGCAACAACCAACACAAUAUUGGCUCCCUCAAAAACACAACUCAUUACAUUUCUCCCUUUAUUUUUCAAAACUAAUCUAAUUACUAAUUAAUUAUUGAUCUUUGAUCAUGAACAUUAAAAAGCUAAAAGUGCCUAAGAAAUUGAGGGUCACCCCAACCAAACUCAAGGGAAUGAAAGUGAGUAGAAGCAUCAAAAGCAUCAAAAAAAUCAGCCUUAAGAAAAGGUUCCCGAGUCUCCGGAAACGAAAAGCUGGUGUCGGUGCAGGUAAUAAUGUUGUGGCUAGUGGUGGUAGGAUGGGGAUUCGUCGGAGUAGUAGUAAAUGGAUAUCCUCUGUAAGGAGGAAGAUUUUAAGGCCAAAAUUCUCUGGUCAUAAAAAAAGUAACAAGAAUAUUAUUAUUAUUCAUAAUAAUACAAGUAUUACUGGGAAUGAAGAGGAUAACAGAACUAGUUGUGCGACGACCGUAAAGGAGAUUGGCACCUGCUUGAAAGAAGAGGAGGAUGUGACCUCCAUUGACUCGGCUGCUCCGCCACCACAUGACCAACUUAGUAAGGAAGAGGAGACGACGACGGCGGAGGAGGAGGAAGAGGAAGAGGUUGAGAGUCAAGAUGGUUCAAAGAUCAUGAAUUUAAGGGAAGAUAUGGCUGCUGUCCACAUUCAGUCUCUUUUCAGGGGUCAUUUGGCGAGGAGGGCAUGUAGGGCAUUGAGGAGCCUAGUGAAGUUACAAGCUGUGGUACGAGGGGUGUGUGUGAGAAGGCAGGCUCGUAUUGCGUUGCAUUGUAUGAAUACCAUGGUCCGUCUGCAGGAUCGCAUUCGGUCCAAGCAGCUCCUUGGUAGGACUAGUGACGCUGUUAAGGCUUGAUCAACUCGGUCAUCUUGUCCCGUUGACUAUAUCCAUAUUUCACUAUUUUUUCAGAGAUCAACUAUUAUAUUUAUUCGACAUUCCCAUCUAAAUUACUGGGAACCAUGUUUGAGUUUAUUAUUCAUUUCACAUAUAUAUUAUUUUAUAACAUGUUCAUUUCUUAUAGCUUGUAUAAUUUGUACAGUAUGUCGAAUAACUUUGAUGUUGAGAAUCUUGGAUUCCUCUUUCAUUUCGUCAACUG